AUGUCUCAACGGGUGAAGCGGUUCUCAGCCAAAUUUGCGAUAAUCAAUCCUACCCGCAUUCUCAUUGUCUCCACCGCUUGUCAACCAAAUCAAAAGAGCAGUCUUUGCGCCACUAUCGAGGAAGAGCUGCCAGGCGUACCAAUUGUCGCACUGGACAGGAGGUAUUGGUCCGAGACGGCGGGCUUGGAAUUCAUCCAGGCUCUUGCGUUCAAGGAAGAUGUCGAGGCGAUCAAGGUUGCCAUCGAAGGGAAUUUCUACGCGACCUGCUCAUUCUCAGCGGUAGGUGCCAUUGAAGUUCAGGAAAACAAGCUCCGCAAUCUGAUCAGUAACCCUUCAUCCAAGGCUUGUCUUUUUGGCCUGCUAAAUGAGACCAGGACUCCGAUGGGAAAACGAAUGCUGCGGAGUAAUGUGCUCCAGCCAUCCACGCAGACAGAAGGCGUCUUAACUCCCCGAUACGACGCAGUCGAGGAGCUCUGCACCAAGGAGGACAUGUUUUUCGAAGUCCGUAAGGCGCUCAAGGCGUUCGGCGAUGUUGAAAAGCUACUCAGCAAGCUCAUCCUCCUUCCCACUGAGCCGUCAUUGGAGGCGAGCGAGCAAGCCAUCAACGAAGUGUUGAUGAUUAAAUCUUUUGUAGCGGCUGUACCUACCGUCUUCGAUUCCUUGGACUCGGCGAGGUGCGAAUUACUGGUCAAGAUUCGAGACCACUGCCGACCCGGCAUCACCAGCCCCAUUCUUGAGCGGAUGGCCGAAGUCAUCAACGAGGACGUCACCUAUGUCACCAAGCCCCUUGAUCUCCGAAAUCAGAGGGUGUACGCAGUCAAGUCAGGUGUGCAUGGACUACUCGAUGUGGCACGCACAACGUACAAAGAAGCAACGGAGGACCUGCACAAACAUGUGGAAGAGCUCAACUCUGAACUGGGGCUUGCGGCAGACCUCAAGUUUGACAACCGGCGACGGUAUUGGCUGAGAUUUCGCUGCUCCGAUUUCGAGGAUGGACUGAUUCCGAAUGCCCUCAUCAAUUAUGUCCGGAAAAAAGAAUUCCUGGAAUGCCAGACGCUCCAAAUGGUGAAGCUCAAUCAGCGCAUGACUGACUCGGUGGACGAGGUCAUCAUGCAGAGUGACAAGGUCGUCAGACACUUAUUGGACUCGAUCAGAGCUGAUAUACCUCAGCUCUUCAGGGUCUGUGAAAGCAUCGCUCUCUUGGACAUGCUCGCAUCAUUUGGGCAAACAGUGACUACACGAGACUACUCGAGACCACAACUGAAGGACGCUCUGGCCUUGAAAGCAGCUCGACAUCCUAUCUUUGACUUUACUCUCGACAAAUUCAUACCAAAUGACUACUACGCGACAGAGCAACACGCGUUUCAAAUCAUCACGGGCUGCAAUAUGAGUGGCAAGAGCACGUACAUUCGCACCGUCGCGAUGCUUCAAGUCAUGGCCCAGAUCGGCUGCUUCGUCCCGGCGCAAUUCGCCUCUUUCACGAUCGUGCACAACCUGUUCUCCCGGACAUCCACAGACGACAGCAUCGAGUCAAACAUGUCGACCUUUUCCGUUGAGAUGAGAGACAUGGCCUUCAUCCUGCGCAACAUCAACGACAAGAGCCUCGCCAUCAUCGACGAGCUGGGCCGCGGCACCAGCACGCGCGACGGCCUGGCCAUCGCCAUCGCCAUGGCGGAGGCACUGGUCCAGAGCAACGCCCUCGUCUUCUUCGCCACGCACUUCACGGAGCUCGCCCAGGUCCUGCAGGACAGGCCCGGCGUGCUCAACCUCCACCUCGAGACGGAGACCACCGUCGCCGCCGAUAACGUCCCCAGGAUGACGAUGCUGUACAGAAUCGGGUCCGGCCCCGUGCAGGACGAGAACUACGGCAUCAAGCUCGCGAGGGCCAUCGGCUUCCCGGACGCGUUCCUCGACCGCGCCGAGGAUGCGGCCGGGUUCCUGCGGCGCCAGGCCGAGGCGAAGAGGCAGAGCUCCGAGGCGCGCAAGCUCGCGCUCCGGAGGAGGCUGGUGCUCCACCUGCGCGAGACGCUGCAGCAGGCAUUGGACAGUGAUAUGGGCGAGGAGACCCUGCGAAAUUUCUUGCGGAGACUGCAGGACGAGUUCAUUGCCCGCAUGGAGGACAUUGAGGCGGGUGGUGGUGCUGCUGCUGCCCCCGCCGGUGGGAUGGAAUCCGAGACGGAGGCGAGCUCAUCACCGCCCAGGCGGGAGGAGGCUGAUGGUCCGGGCGAGACGGCAUCGAGUGCGAUUUACAUCUCCGACGACGGAAGUUCCAGUGACUAUGACGCUAUGGACAUGGGUGAUUGA